GUCAAAGGGAACUUCCUGUUUAGCGUGUUUUCUUUUGUAGACGCGUUUCAUUGCGAGCUAUACUUACUAUUAUAGAUAUGACUCACGAAGGCUCUCUGGAGGAAUUCCCCACCGAAAUCGCUGAAUACAUGACUGGUUUCCUGACUUCUGUAAACUCGGUCCAAAAUGUUAUCCAGACCCUCAUGUCUCUGUCGAAACCCGAACAACUAAAGCUUGGCCCCCUUGAGCAAGCCAAAGUCGACUUACUGUCAGCAUACGCACUCAAUUCCCUAUUCUGGAUGUACUUGGUAACACAAGGAGUGAAUCCAAAAGAUCAUGGAAUCAAACAGGAACUGGAGAGAAUCCGGACUUACAUGAACAGGAUAAAGGAGAUCACAGACAAGAAAAAAGCAGCAUGUCUGGACAAAGACGCAGCAUCUCGGUUUAUCAGGAACGCACUGUGGGUUGGAGAGGUCACCAGAGACAAAGAAAGCUUGUUAUAGCACAGCAAGCCAAUUGAGGAGUUAAGGACCCAAAAUUCUGAGUCUGAACUAUACACAGGUGCAGGAUGUGUCUUUUAUCAUUUAUGUGAUUUCUCUCAUCAUUGUGGCAUUUCUUCUUUUCCACCUCAUUUUUGCCUGCCAGCAGAUUUGUCUGAAUAUAAUUUUGUUGAAUGAUCUGUUUUCAUGAUAAGAUUUCAGUGGGAAGUAGGUAUUUACAUAUAACCUGCAUCAAGUUGUAAAGUCAUGCAAGGUUCCUGUAUACAAAUAAAAGUUCAGAUAUGCAUAA